AUGGGCGAGCUGAUCGUGCCCACUCUCCUCCCCACGGGUGCUCUUCACUUUGCCACUGUGCCUUCUACGGCUACUAUCUCUGAUGUCAUAUCUAUUUUGACUUCCCGUUCUGAGGUUGUACGGGAUGUCCUAGGAAACGAAUACCAGGAUAAUGGCUGGGCGAUUCAGAGGAUCAGGACAGAACAGAACGGGAGACAAUGGGAGGAGGAAGAGUUGAACGGGCUGGGAGAUGGAAUCCUACGGGAUAAUGCGCCCGUAGAGCCGCUCAUCGCCAAGACGGCCGACCCAGCCAACGUCCGCGCCUUCUCGGCCUUCGCCCUCACAUCUCACCUUCACGCACCAUCACUACGGCUCAUAUCUCUACACCCCAACUUAUGCGUCAACUUGUCUUUCGCAAGAGUGCCGGAGAUACAUGACAGCUUUACCUGGAAGGUCUUCCUCGCGUGGAACACAACUGUUCAGGACGUCAUAUUGGCCGUUGUCGACGAGUUGGGAUUGACGAAGACGCUACCCAUUCCUGGAGGUGGAAGCUUGGAGUACGUGAUUGAGGAGGUUUGGACGGAGGAGGAUACGGAGAAAUCGACUCGUUUAACGCCGACAUCCAACCUCCCAUCUAUCCUGUCCAACACCACUCGCCCAUCACCUUUCUCCCGAAGGGCAACCCGGACCCUCCGCUUCUGCGUGCCCGACGAAUGGUAUCGCCGCUCGCGAACACGGACAACAUCCGCCGCAUCCUCCCACGCGCUCGAGCUGCCCGGCGACAACACCCUGCGAGCUCUACGCGCUCUAAACGCGCAAGAGGCUUCCGAACACAAUGCCGAGGAUGAUGAAGAGGAAGAAGAUGAGGAGGGUACAGCGAAGAAGAAGAACGCUCCACCAGCGCCGUCUUCGCCCACCCCGUCAACAUCAAAGACGAACUCCGGUGACUGGCGCGCUACGCUCUCCCAGAACCGCCUCUCAACGAUGUUUGACGGCUGGCUGCGUCAAGCACCUUCAAGUCCAACGCCCGGCCCAUCAUCCCCUCCACCGCCACGAGCCAUUUCGCCGCCUAUAUCGCACGGGAAUAGGAUGAGCGUGAUGAGCGUAUCCGAACCGAUGCUCAUGGACUCUUCGUCGUCCAGCGAGCGAAGAGCUACUACGCCGGAUGAGCCUGAUCCGGAUGCUUUUGAGGCGAUGCUCGACGAUCUGGGUCUUUCGGGUGCUGCGAGGGAGAACAUGUACCGACUUCCUGCAUCACGGAAACGGCUGUUACUCGACGGACAUGCACAACGGCAAGCCGAUAAAGCCGCUUCUACAUCCGAUACACCUGCCACGUUCGGCCCCAGUAGUGGAGCCAGCCUACUGCCUCGACUCGUACCCCAGCUCACGGGCGGAAGCACGUCCGGCGAAGGUGGCCUCAUGAAGCGUUUCUCAGGUUGGGGAACACCGCCCUCUACGCCGCCCGCCGCGAAACCAGACUUCAACCCCUCCACCACCCGCCGACGAACGGAUACUCAAGACUCCACUGCUUCAUCGUCCUCUUCACCUGCGAUCGCACCGCUAGAACCGCAACAGACUGGCUCGUCGGGGUUAUGGUCGAAUUGGUGGGCUAGUGCUGGAGGGACGCUGUCGAGGGCCACAGGCGCGGCGGUCGAGGCGCAGGUCAAGACUCCCGCAGCGUAUGUUGCACUGUUGAAGUCUGCGAGGGGAGCGAGUCCGGAUGCGAAGCUCGUCAAGAACCUCAUCAGCCUCAGAGUGCAUCUAAGCACGGCGAGUUUGGCGUGGAUCAGGGAGUUUUUGGAUGGAUGCGACGGGUUGAGCGCGUUGGGAGGGUUAUUGGCGGGGUUGGUGGGGAAGGGGAGCAGGGCGCCGCCGCUGGGCGAUCUGGCCAGUACAUCGCUACACGAACUCCUUCGCUCACUACGCGUGCUGCUCAAUACCGAACCCGGCUUCGCGCACGUUCUCUCCGCUCCAAGCCUGAUCGCACAUGUGGCCUUCUCGACCGGCGUCAGAGGUGUGGGCAACAAGACGAAAGCACUGGCGUGCGAGCUACUCGCAGCAUUAGCGGUCAUGGCCUUCCCCGACGGACAUCGUGCAGUCGUAAAUGCCUGGGGCGACUACAAAGUCGCAUUCGAAGAAGGCUUCCGCUUCGAGUCCCUCGUCGCCUCGCUCCGCCUUCCAGAGCCCGAAGACAUAGAAGGCGUCGAAACCGACGGGGCACUCGUGGACGUGGACGAUACAGAUGCUUGGGAUGCUCGCGCCGCGACGCUUGUUUUGCUCAAUGCCCUCGCCAAUGGACCCGAUUCACUCGAAGAACGUGUCCAACUACGCGAAGAGCUCGCGCGGCGCGGUUUGAACGAGGCGCUGGUCGCGUUGCGCUAUGUCAGACCGCCUGAGGCACUGGUACAGCAGAUGGAGGUGUGGGCGGAGGAGAAGUUCGAGGACGAGGAGGAGGUUGCUGAGCGUGCGAAGGGGAUGAUGGGGAGGGGGUAUGCGGGUGAUGGGGGUGAUGGGAAUGUGUCGGCGCCUAUGGUGGAGUUGGGAAGAGCUGUGAAGGGGAUGCCGGAAGUCAGAGAGGGUGUCGAUGUGUUGCUUGCGAGGAUCAGCGGAGCGGUUGGGAGGGAGGAUGCAGGAGUGGAGUGGAAAGUUCACCUCAUGCAGCUCUUGGAUGCGCUGACGGAGGAAGCACUCGUGAACGAGACAGUACACGAAGGCUGGUCGGCUCUCAUCCGCCGGUUCCUCGUCCGCGCAAGCGAGAUCGUGCACGAAUCACUUGAACUCGGUGCUGCGCCUGACGGUGUACUGGGCCACGAGGUCGACAGGCUGCAAGCCGAAGUCGAGCGUCUCACGGCCGAGCGAAGUGGGCUGAAAGAGCAACUGGACGCAGCCACGGCCGAACUCGCCACCUUACGUGCUUUGCCGACGACAUCACCUUCCACUCCGCGCGCAGGUGGUAAAGACGUUCAGGGCGUCGUACAACGACUCAUCGCCAAGGAGAAGCAGGUACUCGCUCUCCAAGCUGAACUGGACAAGGUCCGCGCGCCACCACCUGAAGCGCGAGAAGCGGAUGAGAAGGCUCGGCGAGAGCGGGAUCGAGCAAGAUGGGCAGGCAUGAUGGACGAAUUGGGUCAGCUCAAGGCAUCAUUGAAAGAACACGAAGCCGCCCUCGUUGUCAAAGACAAAGAAGCCCUUUUCCUCAAACGCGCACUCGAGAGUGUAUACGGCCGCUUCAAAACUCGCGAGGAGAGCAAAGAGAGUUCGGAACUUGACGCGCAGGCUGUGGCGGACCGUGCUGUGGAGAGCGCGGCGAGGAAGGACGAGGAGAUCGAGAGGUUGAAAGGAGAAAUUGAGGUGUUGGAGGAGAAGUUGCGCGAGAAGCCCAAGUUCGUGACGGAGAAGGAUUACAAGGCUAGUGUACCGCCGCCUCCGCCACCACCUACGAUAUCGAAGGCGAAACCUCCGCCUCCGCCGCCUCCGCCGCCUCCACCACCUCCACCAC